AGAGCGAAUACAAACAGUUGUAAUGUUUGGACGAAAAUUUGACAUUUGAGUGUCAGUCCGUGGAAAAACCUAACCUCAAAAAAAAGGUUGGUUCAAUUAUCGUGUCUUUGGUUGAUUUAGAAUGACUGAUGCUCAAACGAACAACCAAGUAAACGCUGAAGAUUUGGAAGAUAAAGUUGAUUUAAUGCUACAGAAGACCGGCUGUCAAGAUCUCCAUUACAAAGUCCAAGAGUGCAUUGCUGAAACUCAAGAUUGGAGAAAGUGUCAAGAAGUAGUAAAAGAAUUUCGAAAUUGCAUGUCAGGUUAUAUGGAAGAGCAACGCAAUAAAUAUCUGACUAAAUAAAUUUCAUUAUCUUUUUUCCCCGUAAAUUAAAAAUUUAAAUUCUUCACGUAAAAAAAAAUAUUCCAAAAA